GGUUUCGCUCCAGAGGGAGCUCAACAACAACAACUUGAUUUGAAGGCUCACAAAAUCGAAGUGGACCUACAAUAGAAGGACUGCUACGACUACGAGCUGCACACACCCUGCAUUUUAUUAUCUGUUGCAUAUCUACUCCAUCUUGAGAUCGACCAUGAAGCGCACCGGUGGAAAGAACAACCAAAGCAACAAAAAGGGCCGUCGCAAGGUGCUUGUGGCUACCCCCAAGCAAGUUCCAGCUGCUGCUGAAGCUCCUCCGAAGAAGCCGAAGAAGCCGAAGAAGCCAGCUCCCCCACAGAAGCCAACUGCGGUUACCCCUGUUGCUAAGGCCGACCUCGCUAACAAGGUUGACGUGGGAACGUUGCUACAAGACCCUGCCGUCAAUCAGUUCCUCACUAUGCUAACCGAACAGCCUGGUCUGUUCGCACAGGUCGCCAACCCAGCUGCUGUAGUCGCCGAUACUCCAGCAGCAUCCAACAACGACGACUCGGUCUCCGAAACCAGCGUCGUGGAAGUCGUCGCCGCCACUUCCAAGAAGGUCCUCAAGACAACUGGAGCUGGAACUGCCGUCGCGAUCAAACAAGAAAGCAAGCCUGCCGGGAAUGACAGCUCGAAGCUCGAUGCCGACAAGCCUGUUGUUCUAGUUCGAUGCCGUCCAGCUCAAGAUAGCAGUCGCAACCUCACAGUCGAGAUGGUCGGGAAGCGUUGGUUCACGGACUUCCUUACAACCCACCAGGUCGAAGACCGUGGUCUGAGCGGACUCGACAUCGAGACCAAAAUUGGAGGUCGCUCCGCGCUCAUUUCCAAGCUAGUGGCUUUCAUGAAAGACACUGUAUACAAGACCCGUAUCCCUUCUGUCACGAAACGUCGAACUGGUCUCCAGCAUUUCAUGCGCAUGGGAGUUCAACUUUGGAGUCUCACCAUUGACGAACAGCGCAAGGUGCUCUCCCAGGAGGACGCCACGUGCUACGCCGCCUCGGAGAGUGACUAUGAAUGGAACGACCCUGAGCAGCCAUUCAUUGAAGUUGACGACGACAGUGACGAAGAAGAGGAGCAGGACGAGGACGAGAGCGAGACAUAAGCGAGGACGAGGUUGAUCUACGAAAAUACAAGAGAUGGAGCCACUACCACUACAUUGCAUGUUUGUGUUUGUUUAGAGUUUGACAUCGUUGUGCAGCAAAGAGGACUACGGUACAAAAUUUGCUACCCCGUUCGGUUCAAGAGGGAGUGCGAGAGGAGCCAAAACCAGCUGGUGGUUGGCAUUCACGAGGUGAACCUCCCGGGACUCGCUAGAACGAGGUAGACGUAGAAUCCCCUUUUAAUUUUUAGCUUAUUCUUUUGUGUCA